GGCCACGGUCCGCUGCGCUUGCGUCCACCUCCCCAGCUCUCCAAAACCCAGACGCGCCACCACUGUCGCCGUCAGUACGGGCAUGACAUAUUGGUUGCAGUAGUGGGCUUCCGUCAGCCUGCUCUUUAGCAGAUUACAAAGGAGUAGAAGAGAAAAACGAGUAGAAGACGGAGAAGUGACAAAUUUCUUGCCGUACCGCGCGUCGAGAAGAGUAGAUGAGUCAAUGGCUGGGGCACAGCCUGGAGUUCAUGCGCUGCAGCUCAAGCCAGUGUCCGUGCCCGAGUGCCUCAGAAAGGGCAACAAAUUUAUGAAAUGGGAUGAUGAUUCAACCACUGUGACCGCAGUGACUCUAACUGUUGACCCCAAAGGCUACUUCCUGUAUUGGACUGACCAGAACAAGGAUACAGACCUGCUUGAUAUAGCAUACAUAAAAGAUGCCAGGAAUGGAAAGUGCAGUAAAACACCAAAGGAUGCAAAGCUGCGUGAGUUGCUGGAUGUCAGCACACUGCCUGGGAAGUUGGAAAACAGGGUGCUGACAGUGGUGAGCGGCACAGACAUGGUCAACAUCACCUACCUGAACUUCAUGGCCUAUCAAGAAGAAAUUGCCAAGGAAUGGGCAGAAGAGCUGUUCAACCUGUCAUCCAAUCUCUUGGUACAAAACAUGUCCAGAGAGGCCUGCGUUGAAAAAGCAUACACUCGACUGAAGCUGCAGCUCAACCCUGAGGGACGAAUCCCUGUCAAGAAUAUCUUCAGGAUGUUCUCAGCAGACAGGAAGCGAGUGGAGACAGCGUUGGAAAACUGUAACCUCCCUUCUGGCCGAAAUGACUCCAUCCCCCAGGAGGACUUCACUCCAGAGGUUUACAGCAUGUUUCUGAGCAACAUCUGCUCCCGACCUGAGCUGGACCACAUCUUCUCUGACAUCGGGGCUAAGAGUCGACCAUACCUCACAGUGGAGCAGAUGACAGAGUUCAUUAACAGCAAACAGCGAGACCCUCGUCUGAAUGAGAUACUCUACCCUCCGCUCAAACCAGAACAGGUUCAACUGUUGGUGGACAAAUAUGAACCCAAUGCUUCUCUGGCACAGAAAGGUCAAAUAUCGGUGGAAGGCUUUGCCAGGUAUCUAAAUGGGGAAGAGAACACCAUUAUUCCCCCUGAGAAACUGGACCAGAGUGAAGACAUGACCCUUCCCCUCUCCCACUAUUUCAUCAACUCCUCACACAACACAUACCUCACAGCGGGUCAGCUUGCAGGCAACUCUUCAGUGGAGAUGUACAAACAGGUCCUCCUUUCCGGAUGCCGCUGCAUUGAGCUGGACUGCUGGAAGGGUCGCACCACAGAAGAAGAGCCUGUGAUCACUCAUGGGUUCACCAUGACAACUGAAAUCUCUUUUAAGGAAGUGAUCGAGGCUAUUGCAGAGUGUGCCUUUAAGACUUCACCUUUCCCUGUCAUCCUGUCUUUUGAGAACCACGUGGACUCGCCAAAGCAGCAGGCUAAGAUGGCAGAGUACUGCCGGUCAAUAUUUGGAGACGCAUUACUGACAGAACCUCUGGAAAAAUAUCCCCUGGAGUCUGGUUUGCCACUGCCCAGCCCUAUGGAGCUGAUGGGGAAGAUCUUAGUGAAGAAUAAAAAGAAGCACCACAAGACAGAUGGAAGCACCAAGAAAAAACUCUCUGAGCAGGUCUCCAACACCUGCAGUGAUUCUUCCAGUGUGUGUGAGCCCUCCUCUCCUAGCGCAGGUUCAACCAAAGAGGAGGUGGUAGAUUCCUUACAGCCCUCAGAGGGUGCUGAGCUCAGCCUGAGACCACAGGGCAGAAAGUCUAUUGGUGAGGUGGAGGCUGAAAGUGAGGAGGAGGAUGAUGAUGAUGAUGAUUGUAAAAAGGGCUCAAUGGAUGAGGGCACAGCAGGUAGUGAGGCAUUUGCCACAGAGGAAAUGUCCAACUUGGUCAUCUACAUCCAACCUGUUAAGUUUAACAGCUUCGAGGGUUCUAAAAAGAUCAAUCGCAGCUACCAGAUGUCAUCCUUCGUAGAAACCAAAGCUUUGGAGCAACUGACCAAAUCUCCUGUGGAGUUUGUGGAAUACAACAAGCUGCAGCUGAGCAGGAUAUACCCUAAAGGCACUCGAGUAGAUUCAUCCAACUAUAACCCUCAGCUCUUCUGGAAUGCUGGUUGUCAGCUGGUAGCACUCAACUUCCAGACCAUUGAUUUAUCAAUGCAGCUGAACCUGGGCAUGUACGAGUAUAAUGGGAAAUGUGGCUACAGACUGAAGCCAGAGUUUAUGAGACGUCCAGAUAAACACUUUGAUCCUUUUACUGAGAGCACAGUUGAUGGGAUCGUUGCCAAUACUCUGUCAGUUAAGAUCAUCUCAGGCCAGUUCUUGUCAGAUAAAAAAGUAGGUACAUACGUUGAGAUUGACAUGUUUGGGCUACCAGUAGACACCAAGAGGAAAGCAUUCAAGACCAAGACAUCACAGGGCAAUGCCAUCAACCCUGUCUGGGAAGAGGAGGCCAUUGUUUUUAAGAAGGUUGUCUUGCCUACACUUGCCUCACUAAGGAUAGCAGUGUUUGAAGAAGGAGGGAAAUUUAUUGGCCACCGCAUCAUACCUGUGUCAGCCAUCCGACCAGGCUAUCACUAUAUCAAUCUAAGGAAUGAGAAGAACCAGUCGCUGACAUUACCCGCCCUGUUUGUUUAUGUUGAGGUGAAGGACUAUGUCCCUGACACGUUUGCAGAUGUCAUCGAAGCCUUAUCCAAUCCCAUCCGCUAUGUCAACCUGAUGGAGCAGAGAGCCAAUCAGCUGGCUGCUCUCACUUUAGAGGAGGGAGGAGAGGAGGAAGGGGACAAAGAGGUGGAGGCAGGAAGUGACGCCCCUUCAGAAUCUAAAUUGGAUCAGAGGACAGCGUUGCCGGCAGAGAAUGGACUGCCACCCAUUAUUGCUCCAAAACCCCCUUCAGUGGGCAGCCACCAGUCCCAGUCUGCAGCAGGCUCAUUGAAACCAUCAGUGAAGACCGAAGACAUCAUGCAGAGUGUUCUCACUGAACUAGAGGCUCAGACACUGGAGGAGUUGAAACAACAGAAGGGCUUUGUUCGAGAGCAGCGAAAACAAUACAAAGAAAUGAAGGAGCUGGUUCGCAAGCACCACCGCAAGACCAGUGAGAUGAUUAAGGAGCACACAGCUCGUGUAUCUGAGCUACAGAGCCAGCAUCAACGCCGGCGCUCAUCCUUGCAAAAGAGCCACAAAAGAGAUGGUAAGAAAAGUCGCUCUGAACAAUCCCUGUCAACAUUGGACCAAGAACUGUUUGAGCUGGACCAGGAGUGCUCCCAGAGACUGGCGGAGCUAAAGGAGCAGCAGCAGCAGCAGCUCCUCACACUUCGCCAGGAGCAAUAUUACAGUGAAAAAUACCAGAAGCGAGAACACAUAAAGCAGUUGGUUGAGAAGCUGACAAGCAUAGCAGAGGAGUGCCAGAGUGCUCAGCUAAAAAAGCUCAGAGACAUCUGUGAAAAAGAAAAGAAAGAUCUAAAGAAGAAAAUGGACAAGAAAAGGCAAGAGAAGAUCAACGAAGCCAAGUCUAAAGACAAGAAUGUGACUGAGGAGGAGAAGUUAGAAAUCAACAGAUCAUUUGUCAACGAGGUGGUGCAGUAUAUCAAACGGUUGGAGGAUGCACAGAGUAAACGACACGAGAGACUACUGGAGAACCACAAGGACAUUCGACAGCAAAUCUUGGAUGAAAAGCCAAAGCUGCAGAGUGAUCUGGACCAGGAGUAUCAGGACAAGUUUCGACGGCUACCUGUGGAAAUCCAGGAGUUUGUUCAGGACAGCAGCAAGGCCAAGCUUAACGAUGACACCGUCCAGGGACACCUUGUUGCAUCCUCAACAACCGAGAAGCUCAACCACAAAGCAUCACAGUCUGAGGAUGACAUGGAAGAGGGCUCAUCAGAACGAGUCUACGACACAGCCCUUUAGGGAUUUAACCUUUGCUUCACACUGGGACACUUUUUGGUCAACGUGGUUGUAACCAGAGAUCUGAAAGGAGACUGCCCCAACUUUGGUCCAUAGUUUAACCAAUGGGAGGAUUAGAUCAAAUCUGAGCCUGAGUUGGUGAGUAGAGGUCCCCUCUGCGUAAAGUGGAGUCUUGUUCAGAGAACUGUUUCAUAAAUAGUACUUUUUUCUGUGUUUGUUUGUUACCUGUAUGUUGUCGUCUCUUUCGGUACGGCCACAGGAUGUGUUACAUAACACUAACCAUUUGCAGGAAUAACUUACUUGAACUAUUGCACAGAGAGAAUAGUUUGUUUUUAUUAUUUUUAUCAUGAAGUUGUGGUGGUUAGAGAGAUGUGCUGUGCCAAGGUUUGAAUUGUAUCACAGUGGAUUGUCAGUGGAGUCAACUUGCACUGUAAAGAAACCUUUAUAUUCAGCCUUUAAAGCUUCCACUUUAGUAAAUUUAACUUCACCUUUCAUGUUUGCACUGAAGACUCACUCUAUACAUGACUGUGUAACUCUUAUUUUAACCGAGAGGCACUGGUGGCUUCCUGGUUCUCCAUUUUGUUCUCACAGAACUAAGCCUAUGUGUUGCUGCUAUAUUUUUUAAAACCAUCAUUUUGUUUAGUGUGAUAUUUGGCAUAGUAAUGUGAUGCAGUGCUCUUUCUUACUUUCUUUGUUUUGGCCAGUUUUUAACAACUUUGCAGCUCUGUGUGCAAGAGUUGCGUGCAACUCUGUUCUGAGAAGAAGAGAAGGGAAUGUUUCUUGUAGAGUAUCUGCAUGUAUUUGAACAACUGUAAAUGUUACUGUAACUCUGUAGCAGAGAUGUUUAUUAAUGUAAAUCUAUUUUCUCUGGUACAUUUUGACUGAACCUGCUAAAGAGCUGACCCAUUAUGGCUUGAUACAUCACUGUGGAAUAAGUGGAAUGGGACUACGUAACAUCACCCCCUGUGUUUUAGCUCUGUUGGUAGCUUCCAUAAGUGGAUAGGUUUCUCAUUGUAUUCUUUUACCUUUGCCCCCUUAAACUCAAACAGUCAAACCAGGAAAUUCAAACAAAAGUGGAUCCUGUUGCAGUUUUAUAGAAGUGCACUUCCUCUUUACUGACUCUUUUGUGCACCUAUGCAUGCACUCAGAGCAGGUGCCCCAAAUCAUAAAAAAUGUGUCUCCUACUGACAUUAUCUGGGAUAUUUACACUCAACCAGAAGCUUUGUGAAACUAUAGGGAAAUAGUUCAGUUAUGGUGCAACAAACCCCAAACGCUCAGUUUACAGCUACCUGACACCAGCAUUGACUGGAUUUCUUCCUCUUUAACAUGAAUUGUGCCCAUUCAGUUACUAUAAGGAAGUGCUUUGACUUCCCAAAUGUUCAGUGCCAUCUGAUUCAUGAGAUAUCAACUAAACAAGCUGAAAAUGAAGGAUAACCUGACACAUUAGUGCAGACUACAUUUGAAAACGAUGACAUUGAUGUGAGAGUCCUGUGCCUUUGACUGGGUUUUCCAUGUUUGAUGUUGAAUGUGUGAAAUGCACCUCUGUUUAAAUUGACUUUUUUUAUUAUAUUAUAUUGUAAGAAGCUGUCUGGUGUUGAAUAGACCGUGUGCACUUUUUAGUACAGUACCACUACUGAGUAAUACUGAGCUUGUGGCAAGCAGUAUUUGACAAGUGUCUCAUAAGAAAAGGGAGGCAUUUCUAUUUUAUGUCUUGAAACACUUUAUUUAACAGACCCCCCUCUCAUGAACUUAAGUGUAUGCACUCUGGAAAUGUUAAUGUAUGUAUGACAUAAAGGAAAAAUCACGAAGUCAAGUAAAAAAUAUAGUGUAAAGGGAUCUUGCUUGUAAUUAAAAUAAAUGUGGCUAUUAUUGUA